GCGGGGAGACGGCGCUGACGGGCGGCGGCGGCGCUCAGAGCCGAGACCGGGACAGGGCCCCGAGCCGGAGACAUGGCGUUCGUCACCGCCAACUGGAAUCCCCUCGGGGAUGUGUUUUACAGGAAAUUUAACCUGUAUUCUGAUUGGAAGAUGAAAGAAGACCUCAGUAACUGUUUAAUUGCAGCUGCACCAUAUGCUGGUCCAAUAGCUUUAAUGAUCAAUGGAUCACACAAAGAAAGAUCUCCAAGUUUACGACCUAUAAUGGAAAUCUACUCUUCAUCAGGAAAUCGGAUUGUUUCCUUGCCAUGGAAAAGUGGUCAGGUGGUUCACAUUGGGUGGACUACCAAUGAGGAUUUACUCUGUAUACAAGACGAUGGAACUGUUCUCAUCCAUGAUAUUUUUGGCACAUUUAAGAGGCACUUCAGCAUGGGAAAUGAAGUGUUACAGAACCGAGUUGUGGAUGCCAAGGUGUUCCCCACUGCUUAUGGCUCAGGAGUUGUUAUAUUAACUGGUGCUUUUAGAUUCACACUUGCCACAAAUAUAGACGACCUCAAACUCCGGCGAUUUCCUGAAGUUCCAGGAUUGCUGCGCCCACCAACAUGCUGGGCUGUAUUGAUGCAAGAUCGACAACCCAAAAUUGUUCUUGCUAAUGGGAAGGAUGUAUAUGUCUUAGAUAACGCUUCCUGCACAUCUGUGAUUCCACCGGGCCUUGGACCGCAAGUCUGUGGAUUUACCCAAAUUGCUGUUUCAUUCAAUUAUAAAAAGCUUGCUCUGUUUACAGACACUGGUAACAUUUGGAUGGGUUCUUCAUCAUUCAAGGACAAAUUGUGUGUAGUUGAGACAAACUUCAAAACAGCACCUAAGCAGUUUGUCUGGUGUGAUAGACCAAAAAGCGACAAUCCUACUGUUGUUGGUAUUUGGGAUAAAGUACUUGUUAUAAUGGGGAAAACAAAGGAGACCAUUAAAUUUUAUCAAGAUGAGGAUGUUCACUUAGUGCCUGAGGUCGAUGGUGUUCGAAUCAUUAGUUCUUCUAAUCAUGAAUUUCUACAUGAAGUCCCACCUGCUUGUCAAGAUAUUUUCAAAAUUGCCUCAAUGGCACCUGGUGCACUUCUGCUAGAAGCUCAUAAAGAGUAUGAGAAAGAGAGUCAGAAGGCAGAUGAGUAUUUACGAGAGAUCAAAGAGCAAAACCUUUUGUUUGAAGCUGUGCAGCAGUGUAUUGAGGCAGCAGGCAAUGAAUAUGAACCUGAGAUGCAGAAGUCUCUGCUGAGGGCAGCCUCUUUUGGUAAAUGCUUCAUCAGCAACUUUCCACCAGAUACAUUUGUGAAGAUGGCCCGGGAUCUACGUGUAUUGAAUGCAAUGCGAGACUAUAUUAUCGGCAUUCCUCUUACUUAUCCCCAAUAUAAACAGCUCACUAUUGAAAUUCUAAUAGACAGAUUAAUUUUGCAUAGAUUAUACCCUCUUGCAAUAAGGAUUUGUAAAUACAUGAAAAUAUCAGAAUUGCAGGGAGCAAGUCGGAUCUUGGCUCACUGGGCCUGUUAUAAGGUUCAGCAGAAGGACGAGCCUGAUGACAGCAUUGCUCGUGCAAUCAACCACAAACUUGGGGACACUCCUGGUAUUUCCUAUUCUGAAAUUGCUGCUAAGGCUUAUGAAUGUGGUAGAAUAGAGCUAGCGAUCAAGCUUUUAGAGUACGAACCAAGGUCUGGUGAGCAGGUGCCCUUGCUGUUGAAGAUGAAAAGGAGUCAGUUAGCAUUACUUAAAGCAAUAGAAAGUGGAGACAGUGAUUUAGUGUAUACUGUUGUGACAUACCUGAAGAAUGAGAUGAACAGGGGAGAUUUCUUUAUGACACUUCAGAAUCAACCAGUUGCACUAAGUCUUUAUCGUCAGUUUUGUAAGCACCAAGAACCAGAGACGCUCAAAGAUCUAUUCAACCAGGAUGACAACCACCAAGAGCUUGGGAACUUCUAUGUGCGUUCCAGUUACUCUAAUGAAACGACAAUCGAGGGACGAGUAGCUGCUUUGCAGAGUGCUGUGGAUGAAUACAAUAAAGCCAAGAAUGAAUUUGCUGCCAAGAUCACAGAAGAACAGAUCAAAUUGUUGCGAUACCAAUUUCGAUUGCAGAAAGAAUCUGGUAAAACAUAUUUAGACUUAUCCUUACAUGAUACUGUUCAAGCACUGUUACUGGACAGCAAGCAUAAACAGGCUGAACAACUUUACAAAGACUUUAAAAUUCCUGACAAAAGGUUUUGGUGGCUGAAGAUUUCUGCACUGGCAGAGAAACAAGACUGGGAGGAACUUGAGAAAUUUUCUAAAAGCAAAAAAUCCCCAAUAGGAUAUAUGCCUUUUGUUGAAAUCUGUGUAAAGCAUCGUAACAGAUAUGAAGCUAAGAAAUAUGUAGCAAAGGUCAGUCCAGAGCAGAAAGUGAAAGGAUAUAUUAUGGUUGGAGACCUAGAACAGGCUGUGGAAACCGCAACAGAACGCAAGAAUGAAAAUGAGUUGAACAUUAUUCUUUCAAAAUGUACAGCAGCUACUGAUCAGUCAAUUGUGGAAAAAAUUAAUCGAGCUAAAGCUCAGAUUUUAAAGAAGUAAAGUACUUUUCAAAGGUGACAAGUUCAGUGUCUGAUCAUGUUCCCUAAUUAUUUUAAUAUGUUUAAGGAUGUUUAUUGCUAGUCUUGUGUACAGUUAUGUUUGACAUACAGAUGCUCAUGUGGACAAGAGUACUAAAAUGGUAAAUUAAUGAAAUCUGAAAAGAUUGAAAUACUUUAGCUGAAGUUUUCUUGUGAUAAAAAUAUUAUUUUUAAAUCUGAUACUUAAUUUCAGAACUGCACUGAUAUGUAAAUUACUGCAUUACUCUGUUAACAAAAAAAGAGUGAAGUAUGAAUGAGAUUAAAUGUGCAUUAAUUACGUUUUGUAUUUAUUCUGGUUUAAAACUAUAGAUUUCUUCAUGGACUUGUGAUAUAUUUGUUGAUUAAAAGUGUAACCAAAAUCAUUACAAUUUCAUAUUUCUGCAAAAUCUGGAGAAACACAUACAGAAGUAAAAAGUGUCAAUUGUAAAAGAAAUCACAUAUCUCUGCACUGUUAUAUUUGCUUCUUUUCUGCAUUGAAUAUUGCUUUCAUUUGGAGAGUACAUGGUGGCAUAUUAGCCAUGUCCCUGAAGAAAUUCACUUGGUUAAUAACAGUUGGUUAGAGGCCUCUAAACCAAGGAUAUUUUGCUUGUAAAACACGACUUAUAUUGUACUUAACAACUUAAUCAUCAAUGGCACUGACUAGUAAAUAAAUAACGUCAGACAAUCCAAUAAAGAGAGGAGUACUGCAGUUAUAAGAGACUUUUGUAUGUUAGUUAUUCUACUGUAAUUAUGAAGGAACCAUUUGAAUAAACAUUUUUCUGUCACUA